UUACCACGGAAUGGUGCAGGGACACAUCUAUUCUGACGUCAGCCUCAGUACCUGCUCAGGUCUCAGUGGCUUCAUCUCACUAGAAAACAGAUCCUACGUUUUGGAGCCGUCAACGGAUCCCCCCAGUGGAUCCCACAGGAUCUACCGGUCAGAACAGCUCCACUUCACACCUGGCUCGUGUGGCCAUGGCUUCAACAUAUCGCUGGUUCAUGGAGACACCCAGAACAGCCACAACCAAUCAGACAGCCCCUUCGGAGCCUUCAGCACCAGGAGGAGACAUACCCAGAGCACCAUCAAGUAUGUGGAGCUGAUCAUCGUAGCUGACAACAGAGAGUUCCAGAAACAAGGGAAGGAUGUGGAGAAGGUCAAACAGAGGCUGGCUGAGAUCGCCAAUUACGUGGACAAGUUCUACCGUGCCCUGAACAUCCGUGUAGCUCUGGUGGGGUUGGAGGUGUGGAGCGACCAGGACAGGUGUCCAAUCACCCAGGAUCCCUUCACCACCCUGCAUGAGUUCCUGGACUGGAGGAAACUCAAACUGCUGCCCAACAGGCCCCAUGAUAAUGCACAGCUAGUCAGUGGGGUGUUCUUCCAGGGUACCACAAUCGGCAUGGCACCCAUCAUGAGCAUGUGUACAGCAGAGCAGUCUGGGGGCAUCGUCAUGGAUCAUUCGGACAACCCCCUGGGAGCAGCGGUUACUCUGGCCCACGAACUCGGGCACAACUUUGGAAUGAACCAUGACACCCCAGAGCGGGGGUGUGGCUGCAGGGUGACGGUGGACCGAGGAGGUUGCAUCAUGACCCCCUCUACAGGCUACCCGUUCCCUACAGUAUUCAGCUCCUGUAGUAUAAAGGAUCUGUCUGCCAGUCUGGAGAAGGGCGUUGGGAUGUGUCUGUUCAACAUGCCUGAGGUCAAGGUUCUCUACGGGGGACAGAAGUGUGGCAACGGAUACGUGGAGGAAGGAGAGGAGUGUGACUGUGGAGAACUGGAGGAGUGUAUGAACCCGUGCUGUAACUCUACAACCUGUACUCUGAAGGGGGAUGCUGUGUGUGCUCACGGACAGUGCUGUCAUGACUGCCUGCUGAAAGCAGCGGGCACCCCGUGCAGGGAUUCGAGUAACUCAUGUGACCUGCCAGAGUUCUGUACCGGCGCCAACCCCCAUUGCCCUGCUAAUGUGUACCUGCAUGACGGGCACGCCUGUCACAAUGUGGACGGACACUGCUACAAUGGGAUCUGCCAGACACACGAACAGCAGUGCAUCACUCUCUGGGGUCAGGGAGCCAAGCCCGCCCCAGGGAUCUGCUUUGAGAGAGUCAACUCGGCAGGAGAUCCCUACGGGAACUGUGGGAAGGACUCCAAGGGAUCCUUUGCCAAGUGUGAAGCUCCAGAUGCUAAGUGUGGCAAAAUACAGUGUCAAGGAGGAGCCAACCGGCCAAUAAUAGGCACCAAUGCCGUCUCCAUAGAAACCAACAUCCCCCUCCAAGAGGGGGGCCGAAUCCUGUGCCGGGGGACCCAUGUCUACCUGGGGGACGACAUGCCUGACCCAGGCCUCGUCAUGUCGGGCACAAAGUGUGGCGACGCCAUGAUGUGUCUGAACCGGCAGUGUCAGAACGUCAGUGUCUUUGGAGUGCAGGAGUGCUCAGAGAAAUGCAGCGGUCGAGGGGUGUGUAAUAACAACAAGAACUGCCACUGUGAGGCCCACUGGGCUCCUCCCUUCUGUGACAAGGCAGGCUUCGGGGGAAGUGUGGACAGUGGACCGAUGAGGCUAGCAGACUACGGUGGCGUGGCGGUGGGGGUCCUGUUGACUCUAAUAACCUUCCUGGGAGCCGGCCUCAUCGUCUCCAUCAAGAGAAAGACCCUCCUGAGACUACUCUUCACCAACAAGAAGAACCCUAUGGACCAGCUGAGGUCGGUGGGGCCUAACAGAUCCUCCGGUCCAAGCCAUAGAGAUUCCCCACGUGGCCAGCCUCAAGCCCAGACACAGACACCGCCACCGAGACAGAAACACAGCAGCAGCAUCUCCAAGCCUCCUCCCCAAAACCAACACCCCCCUGGACAGCCCUACCCCUCCCACAGCCAGCGACGACUACCCCAGUGCUCUCCUGUUCACCUCAGUCAACCCGUCCCCCUGUCCCCUACGUCCGCCCCUGGACCAGGACAGCCCAGACCACCUGCUCCCCCUCCUCACCGAGCGCUGCCUCCCCCUGGACAAGGACAUGCCCACAGCCACACCCAGGCUCCGCCCAGAGGGGCAUCGUUUCGCAGUGUGCCACAGCAACAUAACUCCUGCAGGAUGGUCUUGGAUUUGGAGAUUCCAAGUCCACCCCAGAAGCCUCUACCUGCCGACCCCCUGGGCAGGAAUACCCAGAAGCCUUUGACUGCAGACCACCUGGGCAGGAAUAUCCAAAAACCUCUAUCUGCCGACCAAAUGAGCAGGAAUACCCAGAAGCCUUUACCUGCCUACCCCCUGAGCAGGAAUACCCAGAAGCCUUUGCCUGCUAACCCUAACUCCCCCGGAAGGAGUGGUCAUCUGAUUCAUAGUCCCAUUGCUGUCGGCGUCCCCAUCCCUGUACCUGUCCCCGGUGUCCCCAGGCCGCUGAGACCUGUUCCACACCACAACAGAUCUGUUCCUAAGCAACCCCCAACACUACCUAAGCCUCGUAUGAUCGUCCACGCCAAGUUCAGCAGCUGAGAGCAGCUGGACUAAACUUGAAGGGAAUUGAAGAACGUUCUUUCCGUGAGACGAUAAAGACAUUUCACUUGCACUAUGAAACUCUGAAAACCUUAAUGGUGUGGUGUCUCUGAGUUUUGAAUAAUGGGGACGGACCGUUGGGCGGUUGGCGUGUCAGCGAGUCAGCCCCCCCCUGUUGGUGCUCUGAUGUCAGAGAGGUGCUAUAGGUCUGAGCUCAGGUACACGUAUGUCAGUAUUUAUGUCUUGUUUAUUUAUUCAUUAGUUACCACACAGUGCACUGUGCCAGACACUUGGGAUUUCAUCUGUAGUCUUUGUUUAUUUUUUUGAUUUUUUAUUCUACUGUUAGCCAUUUGAUUUCAAUCAUGGGGAUAUUUUAACCUGUUUUGAUGGACAGGAAGCAAGGGAAAGGUCCAACUUAACAAACGCCUGUCUCUGGAGAUCUGCGAAGUUGUAAAGACCCUAACGUGGCGUUCAAUGACCUGGAUUCAGAACAAAGGGAAAGACUGCACUUGGGUUGACGGACUUGUGUUGCGUAUAACGCCACCUGUUGUAAGACAACGGCAUCACUGGUAAAUCCUGUCGUAGGUCUUCCUCCGUACAGUAUACAGCCACCUGUUGUAAGACAGCAGCAUCACUGGUAAAUCCUGUCGUAGGUCUUCCUCCGUACAGUAUGACGCCACCUGUUGUAAGACAGCAGCAUCACUGGUAAAUCCUGUCGUAGGUCUUCCUCCGUACAGUAUGACGCCACCUGUUGUAAGACAGCAGCAUCACUGGUAAAUCCUGUCGUAGGUCUUCCUCCGUACAGUAUGACGCCACCUGUUGUAAGACAGCAGCAUCACUGGUAAAUCCUGUCGUAGGUCUUCCUCCGUACAGUAUGACGCCACCUGUUGUAAGACAGCAGCAUCACUGGUAAAUCCUGUCGUAGGUCUUCCUCCGUACAGUAUACAGCCACCUGUUGUAAGACAACGGCAUCACUGGUAAAUCCUGUCGUAGGUCUUCCUCCGUACAGUAUACAGCCACCUGUUGUAAGACAACGGCAUCACUGGUAAAUCCUGUCGUAGGUCUUCCUCCGUACAGUAUGACGCCACCUGUUGUAAGACAGCAGCAUCACUGGUAAAUCCUGUCGUAGGUCUUCCUCCGUACAGUAUGACGCCACCUGUUGUAAGACAACGGCAUCACUGGUAAAUCCUGUCGUAGGUCUUCUUCCGUACAGUAUGACGCCACCUGGUGUAAGACAGCAGCAUCACUGGUAAAUCCUGUCGUAGGUCUUCCUCCGUACAGUAUACAGCCACCUGUUGUAAGACAACGGCAUCACUGUUUCUCCCUCUGUGACCGUACUGUGUAUGCACUGAUGCUGAGAGACUGAGCCCUGAGGAACACCAAUAACAACCUUACAACAACCUUACAACAACCAUACACCAACUAUACACCAACUUAUCACCAACCAUACACCAACCUUACAACAACCAUACACCAACUAUACACCAACCUUACACCAACUUAUCACCAACCAUACACCAACCUUACACCAACUUAUCACCAACCAUACACCAACCUUACACCAACCAUACACCAAUCUUUCAACGACUACAGUGCCUUACAAAAGUAUUCAUCCCCCUUGGUGUUUUUCCUAUUUUGUUGCAUUACAACCUGUAAUUUAAAUAGAUU